GUGACGUACUGUUUCGGUCUGUCAGCUGAGAGGCAGCAGGUAUGGAAUCAGUGUUUUUGUCGCGUUAUACGCCUUAUUCAGUUGCAAUUUAAUUGAUAUUUUCCCUCUGAGAAAGGUGUCUUGGAUAUACUUCUGACCACUCCGAGUUCAAAAUGGACAUCCGAGGGGCUGUUGAUGCUGCUGUUCCUACGAACAUCAUUGCAGCAAAAGCAGCUGAAGUGCGGGCUAACAAGGUCAACUGGCAGUCAUAUCUCCAGGGCCAGAUGAUUUCAGGAGAAGACUGUGAAUUUAUCAAGAAAUUUGAGGUGGCUGUCUCCGAGGAGAAACAGGCUAUACUCACCAAUGAGGGCCAUCAGUGUGCAAAGACGUUCCUGAACCUCAUGGCCCAUAUCUCAAAGGAACAGACGGUCCAGUACAUUCUGACCCUGAUAGAUGAUACUCUGCAGGAAAACCAUCAGAGGGUCAACAUCUUCUUUGACUAUGCAAAGAAGACCAAGAACACUGCAUGGUCCUAUUUCCUCCCCAUGCUGAACCGCCAGGAUCUCUUCACUGUCCACAUGGCUGCAAGGAUCAUUGCCAAGCUGGCAGCCUGGGGAAGAGAUCUGAUGGAAGGCAGUGACCUAAACUAUUACUUCAACUGGAUCAAGACUCAGCUCAGCUCACAGAAACUACAUGGUACAGGUCCAGACACAGGAACAGGAACCAUCUCCCCUAGUGAAAGCUCACAGUAUGUUCAGUGUGUUGCUGGGUGUCUUCAGUUGAUGUUGAGGGUUAACGAGUACAGAUUUGCCUGGGUUGAAGCUGAUGGUGUUAACUGCAUCACCGCGGUGCUGAGCAACAAGUGUGGCUUCCAGCUGCAGUACCAAAUGAUCUUUUGCGUGUGGCUGUUGGCCUUCAGCCCCCAGCUGUGUGAGCAGCUCCGCCGCUACAACGUGGUGCCUGCCCUCUCCGACAUCCUCCAGGAGUCUGUCAAGGAGAAGGUGACUCGUAUCAUCUUGGCUGCCUUCAGGAAUCUGUUGGAGAAAUCUGCGGAGAGGGAGACACGUCAGGAGUAUGCGUUGGCCAUGAUCCAGUGCAAGGUGCUCAAGCAGCUGGAGAACCUAGACCAGCAGAAGUACGACGACGAGGACAUCACUGAGGACAUCAAAUUCCUGCUGGAGAGGCUCGGGGAGAGUGUGCAGGACCUGAGCUCGUUCGAUGAGUACAGCUCUGAGCUCAAGUCUGGACGCCUGGAGUGGAGCCCGGUGCACAAGUCUGAGAAGUUCUGGCGAGAGAACGCUGUGCGUCUCAAUGAGAAGAACUACGAGCUCCUCAAGAUUCUUACUAGGUUGUUGGAGGUGUCUGAUGACCCACAGGUGAUAGCAGUGGCUGCUCAUGAUGUAGGAGAAUAUGUGCGACACUAUCCAAGAGGCAAACGAGUGAUCGAGCAGCUUGGCGGAAAGCAGCUGGUGAUGAACCACAUGCACCACGAGGACCAGCUCGUCCGCUACAACGCCCUGCUGGCAGUGCAGAAGCUCAUGGUGCACAACUGGGAGUACCUUGGCAAACAGCUGCAGUCCUCAGAGCAAGCCCCCGCCACUGCCGUCGCAGCCAGAAGCUGAGCGUCUGGUCCCCCCUCUCUCUGUCUGUCUCUCUCUCUCUCUCUCUCUUUUUCCCUCCCUCUCUUGCUCUCUCCGGCAAUACGCUGUACCUGUGUGUAAACAUCUCUGUAUGUAUGUGAAGGUGUGUGUGUGUGUGUGAAUUGGCAUGUUUGCAAUGGCUAGUGUACCCCCCCCCCCCCCCCAAGCGCACGUCCAGUUGCUGUGAAGUGUAAUACUGUAUUACUGUGGUUAGGCUCCCUUCACGUCAAAUGUACCCCCCACAACCCCCAUUGUGAUUUUUGUUGCUCUAACAAAAGUGAACAUUCGGAUGGAUUUGUGUGUGUGUGUUUGUGUGCAUUGAUGGGUAGUUGUCUAUGUUACUAUAUAUGUAUAAUCUGGAGAAGUUAAUCUUGAAAUGUAUUUAUCUCUUCGAGUAUUAAAAAAUAUAACAUGCAUUCCAAUAAAGGACUCCCUAGAAAACGUUUGUCAUGUCUGCCGUCUCUUGCACGGUCAUGGUGAAAUAAGUGAAGGAACAAGGCUAUUGCCAUGUGCAGACAUUUCUACAGGGGGUGUGAAGAAACAUGUUGAAAAUCUGACAUGAGAUUUUGUGGUUCCUAAAGUAAUUGUACUAUUUUGGCCCCUAAAAGUCAGACACAAGUCACAUUUUUUUGUAAGCCUGGGCGCAAAGUUUGAGUGGACAUCACGGUGGCCAUGAAUGCCCAAGGCUUCUCAGUACUUAGCUUGGUGUAUAUAUAUUGACAUAAUGAAAAUGCCAUAUUGCAGACCAUGUCUAAAUAACAAUAAAGUAGUGAGCUAUU